AUGGCAGUUUUAGUGAAAAUAUGUUGCUGCGGAUGCAGUCUACGAGACGGUGCGUUGCUUAUUGGAAUCUUCGGCCUGGUGAGUUAAAAUAAUUAUCUAUAAAUUACAACACUUUAAUUUGUCAAAUUAUAUUACAAACAGCCCAGUUUUAGUAAUUUUUAAAAAGUGUAUCGAGCGGUCAUGGAUAUUUCUUAAUAUCGCUACACUGUUGGUGAAGAUUGAAUUAUUUAUUUUUGGGUCAUAAUACAACUCAGAGGUAAUAAGGAGUGGUAGAGCAGUGUUUAUCGAUUUAGACGACAAAUUUCAAGACAAACGAAAAUCGUGAAACCUCAUAGAUAGAAAAAUAAGGGAAAAUAGAAAUAAAAAAUUCUGGUCUGGGCCAUCUGCAGAUUCUGACUUAAAAAAAUAGAAUAAAAUGAAAACUAAAACUAGCGAAAAGUGAAAAACCGAAAGUCACAUCGCGAACGCCGCUUAAAUAAAAGUAAAUGAAUAAAAAAAAUGCUAUAUAAAUAUUGAAUAACUUGAACACGCACUUUCCACUUCUACUCAUUUUGAUAAAAUUAUACGCUUUCGUCUGCAAGUUAUAGAAAAGGAGUGAUCAAGCAUAACCUUAGACAGGGAAGAAGUAUAAAAAUUCGCGUGGUCUUCAAGCAUAAAGAUUAUUCUAUAAAGACUAUGGAAUAAACUUCCUGCGGAAAUUUGGAGUCGAACUCCUUGGCUGCUUUUUAUUCUAAGCUACUCCAUUGUUUGGUUAACAAUCACCAGCCACUUUUAUUUAUACUCCUAUAUUUUAUAUGAUACAGUUAUAAAAGUACUAUCCGAAUUUUUUAUUAAUUUUAUCCCAGUAUUGUAUAAAUUUUAUAUCUUUGUAUCAUAAUAGUUAGUGUGAUGUGUAUCACAAUUAUUCGUUUCGCACCAUUAAAAUAUCUAGAUAGAAAGCAGACUGCCAACGUCACGCAUCAAUAAAUAAUUCCCUCUCCAGCACGAGUGCCCUACAAGCCGAACUUAUCCAUCGAAGCACGUGCGCUAAAUUAAUUCACCCACGUCGCUUGUGAUAACCCAAGUGACCCCAAGUUGCUAGCAAUAUGGACUUUAAAAAAAUAAUUUUGACAGUUUCGUGCGCUACAUCACGUUGCGUUGCUAGCGUACGCCACAAUGUUAUUCGAGAUGUUCCCUCUAAGUAGUGUUAGUGUGCCAAGCGUAUUGGUUUUAUUUAGUCUAGUAUAUAAGGUUGAAACAUACCUAUUGUUUACAAGAGUAUGUACAUGCCACAUGGCGUAAAUUGGAUUUUUUAGAAAGUUCCAAUAGACAAUGUAGCAGAAUAUUUAGUCUGUAUUGACUAAGACCGAGCUGUGCUACUUUUCAUGUCCAGCGGAAAUUCAAAAUAAACGCGAUGAAUUUCGUCUUUUUUUAACCAAACAAAAUUUGCGCAAAAUAUUUUGAGUAGCACAAAUUAACAGUUGCCACACUGCAAGCCAAGCAUGAUAUAGUUUAUACACCUUUAAAACAUUUUAAAUUUAUGUCUGUGUUUAUAUCCAUUUCAGAUCUUCCAAGCAAUCAUGCUUUAUAACCAAAGUAAAGCUGUCAUAAAGUACACUCAGGCUAUCAUAGACUGGGGCAGCUACGAAGGAUAUCUCCCUGUAGCCAAGAAGCACAUUGGAAGUAUUUCUACUUCUCCUUCCUUAUCUUAAAAAUAUCAUUAAAUUAUGGAAUAAAAUCAUGAUACACUUGAACGUUCCAAGACAAUAUUUUCAUUCCAUAAUGAAAAUAAGCUGGUCGCCAAACACGUUUUUGAGCCAUCAGUAAGCAAUUAAAUUCAUAUUUUAAGGAUGGUUUUGACUGGAUUCAACGUUUCCACGUCAAGUCUCAAAUGGAGAAGUCGUUUAAACCAUGGCGUGUUUUCCAGCAGUGUAUUUUGAAGGGAUAAUAAGGAUUUGUUAUUCAAAUCAACCUGCUUUAAAUUGUUGUGAGUGAGCUUUAUGAAUUCUUUUCUGAACUUUGUUUUGAUUAAAGUUGUCUGUUUUUUUUCUCUCUGUUUUACCUCAAAGCCAUCAUCGCAUUGGCUUAUGCAACCCUCGCCAUCAAAGUGAUUUCAUUCCUAUGCAAUGUGUCAUUGCUAAUAUCCGUUGGCACGGUAAGUAAAGAAAAAUCGAGAUGGCAUUAGGUUUUGUACUAUAAAGUGCAUUUUAGUUACGCGUUCUGGCAUAAUCUUCGCCUAUGGUCUGCAAACUUUAUUAGACACGGCUGACUUCAUCCGCGAAUGUGUUAUGGGCGCACAGUUUUAAACACAUUUGCAAGGUUUUUUGCGGAUUGAUCCCAGAGGCUAGAUAAAUGUGAAGCAUAAGCUGAAAUAUCCACCACUAUCAGUUGUAAUUAUGUACUCAAUCUAAGGCUAUCCUUGAGAUUUUCACUGUCAUUUGGUGCAUCCCCUCCCCCCCCAAGGAAAUUUUCACCCGGCACUCUGUCAAAUGUCUCUGAUGAAUUUUGAUUUUAAGCCUAAAUUUUUGCACACACAACUUGCAUAUUUACCAGGUCCAUAUCGAUGUUAUUUGUGCGGCAAAGAUCCCAAUAUCUCUUUAUUGUUGUUGUUGUUUGUUUUGGUUGUUUCGGUUGUUUAGCAAAAUUUAUCUCCCUUGUUGCAGAAAAACAUUAAUUUGGCUGUGGUCUGGCUGGAUUGGAACGUUUAUGAUUUUGCAUACUCUGUUUCAGUGAAAAGUUUCCUGCUGUUGUCCGUCUCCGAUGUGGUGAGUGCAAAUGGCAAAAAGAAAAAAUUCAUUAUCUCCCCUAGCGCGGGGUUCAAUGACAUUAUCACACGACUCAGAGUACAAUUUUUGACAAUAAUGACACAGUAACUGUACCAGUAAAAAUUCAGAAUUAUACAAAAAAGACAAACAACUUUGAAAGCUAAGAUUGGCAAAAAACUGUACAUAAAAAGCCCGGCAUCUUGUAUGUUUAGCAUUAACGCAUUAGAUUCCUCUUCCUAAUUUUCAAAAUCACUCCCACUUUUCCAAGUAAAGUAGAUUUCAUGGAACUCAAGAACAGAUAGCACCUUUUUUUAGAUUAUUUAAAAAAUUUUCAGGCAUCGAACUGUUUUCUCUCUCUUAAUUUCAGCUGUUGAUAGUCUGUCAGUAGCAAAUUCAGUUAUUAUGUCUUGAACCAAGAGAUUAUAUCUCGUACUGCUCAAAUUUCCCUCAUAAAUAUGAAAUGUACUUUUUUGCGGCCUGUUUCAAUCACACAUGUGAAACUAUUCUACACUAAACUGUCCGUCAAUAAGUAAUAUGUUAUGGUCGAUCGUGUCGAACGCAGCGGAAAGGUCUAGCAAAACAAGUACUACUUCUUCUUUUUGAUCUACAGCUCUUAGGAUGUCAUUUGAGACUUUUAUUAAAGCAGUUUCAGUGGAGUAGUAUUUGCGGUAUGCUGACUGCAUCGCUGGAAAUAACUGGUUCUCGGCCAUAAAUCUGUAUAUUUGAUUUGCGACCACCCUUUCGAUUGUUUUUGAGAGAAAAGAUAGAUUUGCAAUCGGUCUGUAAUUUGAGAGACAGUUCGGGUCCAAUGAAGGCUUCUUUAAAGAUGGACAUACCAGGGAUUGUUUUAACUGAUCAGGAAAUUCUCCGUUAGCCAUGGAGGCGUUGAUAAUCUUGGUUAUAAUUGGCGUCAAGUGUGGAAUUGACUUUAAAAUUCGUGUUGGAAUGGGAUCCAGUUGACAAGACUUAGUUGGAGAUUGAACAAUAAGUUUGUGAACAAUAUCAGCAGAUACAGGUUGAAAAAUUUUCAUAUUAUAAUCGUUGAACAAAGUAAACUUACAAUAUUUUGAUUCCGAUAAUAGUUUGUCUUUGUCGCAUCACAGUUUAUAUAUGCAGAUAUUGUGAUAAUCCUGUGGUGUUUGCUUACGGUAAGUUAAUUUUUUUUUAUUUUGCGUUUUUUUCUGUUUUUUUUUAUUGUAUUUAUGAUGGGCGUAUGCAGAUAUUGCAAUAACUGUUACUUUUUUUAAUUCCUAUUUUGCUUGGGAAAUUAUUUGAAUAAAUCCCUCUUCCUAUGCUAAGGACAUGUCUUUUUUUCUGAGCGUUUAAUUUUAAACCUUGUAUUCAAGACCUGUCAAAACUCUUCCACUGCUAGUUUCAAUUAUGAUACUGAACAGCAGAAACAUUCCUACAAUAAACGUCAUGAUCGACAUAUAAAACGAACAAAAUCACAUUAAUCCUCCAAAUAAAAAAAUAUUUUAUCAAAUAACUAUAAUACAUUAGCUGUAACGGGUAAACAUAGACUAUUGUUAUAUACCUAGACAUUCACUCAACAAAACGAGCACUGUGAUUGGUUGAUUCUUGGUCACGUGCCCCUAAUCAGAUUGAAAUAUAUCCCGACCGGGAUACAAUUGCGCAGUCGUUACCCGCGCGCUGAAUACAAUAGCAUGUUUGUUUGUUUUUGCCAUAUGAUUGUUUAGGGGAAAGUCCAAAUAUAUCGCAAAGCACUUAAUGAAUGGUCCCUUGGAAAACUAGUUAGUUUUGUUUUCCCGAGACGAAGUCGAGGGAAACAUCUGGACUAACUGUUUCCCUCGAGACCAUACCUUGAGUGUAGAAUGAUCAUAAACGGAUCAACUUUCGUCAUUUAUUUUCAUUUUCUAUUUCAUUCAUUUAUUUCAUCUCGUAUUUCAGAUCUAUUUCGUGAUUGUGGUUGAUUCGUACAUAGAGGCCCUCCGUGAAGAUCCAUCAGGGGCAAGCGCCGGUUUUCCUAGAGCACACGUUUACCAGACUCAAACGGUAACCAGAUUUACGUCAAGAUCUUACUGAAUACAGUUUUCCGGUUAUGACCAUAUGGAGUUCAAAGCUUGUCAAUCAAAUUUAUUUAUUCGUAUCUGUAUUAAUAAUUAACCUUUGUUUAACAUUUUGCCUCGAUCCACAGGCUGGUUUACGAUAUGCUAGCCUAUGCGCACCACAACCCACGACUGCUGUGCCUUCACACAUUGGUGUAGGAUAUCCUCCCGCAUGCGGAGUAUCGGACGAGAAUACCAUGACGCCACAGGCUGGUUAUGUUUAUCCUCCUCCAUAUCCAGCUGUGACGUCAUAUACUGAUGUAAGAUACCCUCCUCAUCAUCCAAUGGCUGGUAAGAUUACUCUGUCGUCAUACUAUGACGCUGGUAAUCUUCCUUCACACGUAGCACAUGGCAGAACUACCAUGACAUCACAAGAUAGCCCAGGGUAUCCUCCUGCUUACACAGAUCCAGACACGACCGCUGUGAUGUCACAGUACGGGAAUUCUUCUCAUCACACAAUGCCCGCCUAGGCUAUUGUGACAUACCUAGGCUCUGAGUGACGUCAUGAUGAACUGUUAAUGACACAAGAGCUCACCGGUCACUGAGAUGCCUGAGAAAAGACUGGGCAUUAUAAACAUUCUAUACCAGUUAAUCUAAUUAAAAGUAAAAGUGGCCCCAGAAUAAUUCUAAGUCAUUUCUUAAGAUUGCAUUUUAUUUUUUUCACGUUAUCAUUCCCAUAUUUCAAAUCUUGAAAUAUGGUUUUAAACCAUGUUUCAAGAUUUUUUCAUGUAGCACAUUAUAAGAUAUUAUUAACUUUUGCGCCAAUUGGCC